AUGGACGAAUACGAUCAGGUGAUACGACAGUAUCUCAUUAACGGUCAUGCUGAGCGUAUUGAUGUGGCAUCACCAUCACCUGUUGCUGCCCCGGAUUAUUACAUGCCACAUCAUGCAGUUAUCAGACGCGAGAGGGAGACUACGAAAGUAAGAAUUGUAUUCGACGCCUCAUCGAGUGCUCCGGGUUUUCUAUCCCUGAACCAAGUUCUGCACGCCUUUCCAAACCUGAACUCUGACAUCCUUUCUCUGCUCUUAAGGUUUAGAAUGCAUCGCAUCGGCAUGGUGGCAGACAUCGAGAAAGCUUUCUUGCAGAUUGCACUUCACAAACAGGAUACAGACGCUCUGCGCUUCCUAUGGUACACUUCGACGCCGAUCGCAGGACAGCCUCUACCGUCUAUUGAGACAUGGCGCAUGACACCAGUGUCCUUCGGAGCGCGAUCUAGUCCGUUCCUGCUGUCUGCGACCAUUCAGCAUCAUUUACAGCAAGCAGAGGAGGAUUACUUGCAGACUGCUACGCUCUUGGAGCAAUCCUUUUACGUGGACGAUUUAGUGGUCAGUGUCAGCACAUCAGAAAAUGCCAGGACACUUCAUGAGGAAACUCUGAGCAUAUUCGAAGCGGCCGGCAUGAAGAUAAAGAAGUGGGUCACUAACGACAAGGCACUUCUACGAGAGAUAUUUGAAAGGGGACUACAAGGCACUUCUACAACGAAGACUACACAGAAUCAGACUAAGAAGGUUCUGGGGGUCAUAUGGGAUCUUCAACAUGAUCAGUUACGACGUCCCGUUGCUUCUGUCCUGGACUCAAUGACGGAAAAGGGGAGUGUUAAGAGACAAGUACUGCAGACCAUUUCCAAGAUUUAUGCCCCAUUUGGGCCUCUUAGGACCCUUCACUAUUUCGGGCAAGAUCAUGCUCCAGAAGAUUUGGGAGGCAGGAUUGCAAUGGAAUGA